CGUCAGGAGAGGCUGGUGCCUCCUCCGAGCGGGAAGCUCAGAGCGGCCAUUCCCGCUAUGGGUGUGCCGGGGCCGGGGCUGGGGCUGGGAGAGCCGCCCCUACUCGCAGGCUGGCAGAGCCGGAUCCCCGCUGAACUGCGGCCCAAGCCCUGUCCCGUCCCAGCCGGGAGCGGAGACCGGGCCCUGCCAGGUGGUGCCGCUCUCCCUCCCGGCCCUUAGCCACGCUCGGCUUCCCGAGGGAGCGGCGGGAAGGGAGGUGAGGAAGGGCGAGGUGAAGGGGCCCUCCCCGCCCGCUCGGAUGUCCUCCCAGCACCCGUGCCAGAGGGUGGUGGCGGCGCCUGGCUUCCGCGUCCGGGUCGCGGCGGUGCCGGAAGGCGGUGCCGGCGCGGCGGGGCUGGGGGACACCAUGGCCUUGCGAUGGUGGUGGCGGUGCGGCCCCUGUUCCCCAUGGGCGCAGCCGCUCGGCUCCCUACCGCGCCUCCGCCCGCCGGGGCCCGGGUCCCGCACCCCGCUGCUGCCGCCGGCCCCCAGCGCGGCGAUUUGUCACUUUACCCAAAGAAAUUCAACGUUGUCAGUUCCAAAAAUAUGUAAUAUAUUUUGGCGGUUUCAUCAUACAAGUACCUCCCACUGGUGCAGCUGCAGUAAAACAGUUAGUAAUGAAAAAUACCAAGACCCUUUUCAACUUGGUAGAAAAGACUUGAAGAAUCUCUAUGAAGAUAUUAAAAAGGAAUUACUUGUAUCUGCAGCAGAACUUAAGGAAAUGUGUGAUUAUUACUUUGAUGGGAAAGGAAAGGCCUUUCGACCAAUGAUUGUGGUGCUAAUGGCAAGGGCUUGCAACAUUCACCAUAAUAAUUCCAGGGAGGUGCAAGCAAGCCAGCGCUCUGUGGCCAUAAUUGCUGAGAUGAUCCACACAGCUAGCCUAGUUCAUGAUGAUGUUAUUGAUGAUGCAAAUUCUCGCAGAGGAAAAAUGACAGUCAAUCAAAUCUGGGGAGAGAGGAAGGCUGUUCUAGCUGGUGACUUCAUCCUCUCAGCUGCUUCUGUAGCUUUAGCACGAAUUGGAAAUACUACUAUCAUCUCUGUUCUAACUCAGGUGAUUGAAGAUCUGGUGCGUGGUGAAUUCCUCCAGUUGGGUUCCAAGGAAAAUGAGAAUGAGAGAUUUGCUCACUACCUCGAGAAGACUUUUAAGAAGACUGCAAGUCUCAUAGCAAACAGUUGUAAAGCAGUUUCAAUUCUAGGCUGCCCUGAUCCCAAAGUUCAUGAGAUUGCAUACCAGUAUGGAAAAAAUGUUGGCAUAGCUUUUCAGCUAAUAGAUGAUGUGCUGGAUUUUACAUCAUGUGCCGACCAUCUGGGGAAGCCAGCAGCAGCAGAUCUCAAGCUUGGAUUAGCCACAGGCCCUGUCCUGUUUGCUUGUCGACAGUUUCCAGAAAUGAAUGCUAUGAUAAUGAGAAGAUUCAGCAAGCCAGGAGAUGUUGAACUUGCUCGGAAGUAUGUGUUGCAGAGUGAUGGUGUGCAGCAAACAACCUACCUCGCCCAGCGCUACUGCCAUGAAGCUACACGAGAGAUCAGUAAGCUACGACCAUCCCCCGAAAGAGAAGCCCUCAUCCAACUGACAGAAAUGGUGCUCACGAGAGACAAGUGAGAGAACUCCUUCCACUCGUUCUGGCAGCUAUUUACCAGACUGUGCCUAAAUUGACUUCUAAAGUUAUUUGCUUCCAACACAUGCUACCAAAAAUUAUUUUUUUAAAAACUUUUUUUUUGGACGUUUUUUUUUAAAGAAAAAAAAGUUUAAAGUGUUUUAUUGUGGGAAGCCACAGUUCAGAGCAAAUCAGACUAUGCUGUACAAUUGUUUUAGUGGGGGCUGUUAAUUGGGGGGGAGUGGGGAAGAUGUUUACAUGUUGAUGCACAAAGGCCACAAUAAGAAUAAAUAUGUAUCAGUGUAUGAGAACUGAAGUUGUUCCAGAUUUCACUUGUUGGCACCAAUAAACAGAGAAUGUAUGGUACUAUAUAGGAAAGUCAUAGGAAGGUAAAGGGGUUGAAGGCUUUCCUGGCUGUUAAAAUAGGAAUACUUGUAAUUGUAUAUUAAGAAAUCAGUUUAUUGUAACAGACUCUAUGUGGACUUCAGUGAGAAGUUUUCCAGUUCAUAAUGAAAUACAGGUGUGCUGUUGAUUGCUGCUUGGUAGCAGUUAGGAUGCAGAAUUUAAGAGUGCUACAGUUAAGAACUCCCACUAAAAUUCAGCAGCCAGUGAAAGUUUCAGCUCCAUCCCCCAUUUACAGAAUAGAUUCAGUACUCUCCUAGAAGCCUGCUUUGAAGUCCUAGACACACUCCUCUUACAGUAGUUAUCCAGUACCACCACAUUCCUUCUCAGGUUAUUUAAGCCACAGAAUUUAUGGAGCAGGGAAGUGCAUCAUCUCUAUCCAUGAUCCCUUAAGGCAGUGGCUAAGUUCCUGCUGAGUUCGUCACCCCUUUGUCACAUCUUGAAGGCAGCCUGCCGCCUCUUCUCACUAGGCACAUCACCAAGCCAGACAGAGUUUCCUCUGGGAAACAUCAGUUACAGAUGUCCAACUUCCUGCAUCCAGAUAACUAGAUUCAGUCAAGAAUCCUUGCUAAAAUUAAUUUGGGAAGACAAGAACUUUUAAGAGUA